CGGUCGCCAUUUUUACCUACAGGACUACAGACGGUGCUGUGCGUCGCAGUGAAUAAUACUUAUUGUUAUUGGGUGUGUCAUAAUGAAGAGUUUUAACUUAUUUUUACCACUCGCCUUCCUCUGCACAGUGAAUACCCAGCGUACACCGACAAUCUCUUACAUCUCCCAGGAGCAAAUUAAGGACAUAGGAGAGACUGUAGAGUUUCGUUGCUCUGUUCAAUAUGCACCAGAUUUCCCAGUCGUCUGGACGAAGAUCAAUAAAGACGUUGUCAAUGACCAGUUACCCCUUUCACAUGGUAGCUCUUUGAUUGUGAGGGACACUAGAUUCUCCCUGAAGUACGUCGAUGCACUGUCUACUUUCAUACUACAGAUAAAAGAUAUUCAAGAGACCGACGCUGGGAUCUACCAAUGCAAGAUUCUAAUAUCUCUGAACAAUCACGUGUCCGCAAAUGUUGAACUGCAAGUUCGCAGACCACCAAUUAUAAGCGACAACUCGACCAGGUCUUUGGUAGUCACUGAAGGACAGCCUGUGCAGCUUGAAUGCUACGCCGGAGGCUUCCCUGCUCCCAGGAUCUCCUGGCGUAGGGAGAACAACGCUAUUUUACCUACCGGAGGCUCGAUCUAUCGAGGCAACACGUUGAAGAUCCCAGCUAUCCGUAAAGAGGAUCGUGGAACUUAUUACUGCGUGGCUGAAAACGGGGUGGGAAGAGGUGCUAGACGUAAUAUUAACGUCGAGGUUGAAUUCGCUCCUGUGAUCACAGCGCCCAGGCCGAGACUCGGUCAAGCCUUGCAAUAUGACAUGGAUUUAGAGUGCCACGUAGAAGCGUAUCCACCGCCUGCUAUUAGCUGGCUAAAAGACGACGUUCAAUUAUCUAAUAAUCAACAUUACAGCAUAUCACACUUCGCGACUGCUGAUCAGUACACCGACACUACGAUUCGAGUGAUCACAAUCGAAAAGAGGCAAUAUGGGCAAUAUGUAUGCAGGGCUGCUAACAAGCUUGGCACUGCAGAAACGAGGGUCGAGUUAUUCGAAAUUUCCACACCAAAUAUUAAUUAUCCUGGGCUGCGUUGGGCAUCGGCGAGCCGGUGCAGUUUCUCGAUAUGGCUACCGAUGGUAAUGCUGUUCAUCAUCGAUAGAUAUUAGGCGUGAUCGUUGACCUUAGGGCCUCAUUUGUUUCUCUCAACUCUUACUAGAUGAUUAUUUUUGUAGUUAUUUACAAACGAAAUUAGGGGCCAGCUGGUGUAGCUGAUGUUGGCAAGGUACAAAACUAACAUUCCAAAAUAGCAUAUAACAUUCCAGAUUAGUGAUAGAGAGGUUGAUAAUAUUACCAACACGUAUUGUAUUAUAUAGUAUUUCCUUAGCACAUACGAGUUGGCUUUAAAUGUACAUAUCGGAAUAUCUUCUCUGUUUGCGAUCAUAAAAAUCAUGUUUUUGUGUAAAUGGUGUCAAUAGAUGAUUUGCAAGGAUAAUUAUUAAUUAAUUAAGAGAUUAAGCCUCUGGGCUCGCAUUCAGCUUGUCGUCGUUGCUGAAAUUCAGUGACAUCGAAAUUUAAUUUAAAAAUUCAGAUUUUGGGAAUCAGAAAUCUUAUCUUCUCUACUAAUUUGAAUAUCAACUAUAAUUGUAGCCUAAUUGGUGAGGCUAAAGCACACUUUUGUGUAGAUAAAUGAAGAAUAUCAUAAAUAUCGAUUAGUCAAGAAGAGCGACAGAACAAAAUGACAGAAAAUACUCAUUGCUUUGGAUUUACAUAAAUAUAACACUCAUUGCUUUCGAUUUACAAGAAACAAUUCUAUGAUUGUAAAUAAAUAGGAGAUGUUCAGGUGUGUACAUUUGGUUAGACUACGUACAGUGUUUCUUUCAUAUGUCAGGACGACUGAUAGCACGAAGAGGAGGUGAUCGAUAAUAAUGUUAACGAAUAUAUAGCCUUUAACAUAGUUUCUAGUAGGAGUUCGGAUCCAUCGACAUAUACAACUUAAAUAAUUGUUAAUGAUCUGUUAGAACGAUUUGAAGUGACAACGCUCGAUUGUUGCCUUGUAUUAUAAUGUUUCGACAAGUGCGAGAAAAAAAUUGAUUCACGUGCCCCGUCGUGUCUUAAGACGGUGCAUUUAAAUCGAACGAUGAAAUGUUUCUUGUUCGUCUUCUACUUCGAGACGUUUAUGGUUUCUUCAUUGUUGAACGCCGAUUGGCAAUUAGUGGGGGAAUGGGUAAGAGUUCGUUCGUUUUUAGUGCACCGUCUGGACAAGGGGCAUGGAUUUUAUGAUAGAACUUAUUUAGUCUAACAAUUGUAUAUUGUAGUUAAAAAUUGACCGCGAUCUCUAUAUUAAGAUAAUCGCACGAGUCGUGUGUUAACAAGCGCCUAGACUGCAUACUCAUAACAGGGAUCGCUUUCGGACGAGAUGAGCGCAAAUUAACUUAGAAUCUCAGAUACGAUAAGAUUUUUUAUCACCUUUUUACGAGUUUGCAAUUUUAUAUACUUACAUCUACACUAAUAUGAAUUUUAAUAAACUGAACGAAUAAAAUAAA